GUUCACACAAGACUUCAAAAACUGAGACGCACAGAAAAAGAAACCCAAAAUGGCGAGCUUUUCCAUUCCCAUCUCACGAAACCUAUUCUCUCCGCAACAUUCCUCAACCAAACGAGCCCGUUUUCCGGUGCCGGAACUUCACUCGCCGAUCCGAAUCAUUUCCUCCUCUGUUAGGGAUGGUUCCAAAAUUGAGGAAAGUUCAUUCCAUUUCAAGGAACUUAGAAAUGUAGCUUGUGGCGUUCUUGCUGUUUGGGCCGUCACCACUGCCUCACCUGUAGUUGCUGCUAAUCAGAGGCUGCCUCCUUUGUCAACAGAUCCUGACCGGUGUGAGCGCGCAUUCGUGGGUAACACAAUAGGUCAAGCCAAUGGUGUUUAUGACAAACCAAUUGAUCUCCGCUUUUGCGAUUUCACAAAUGAGAAAUCCAAUCUCAAGGGGAAGUCUCUUGCAGCAGCGCUCAUGUCAGGUGCUAAGUUUGAUGGUGCAGACAUGUCAGAGGUGGUAAUGUCAAAGGCUUAUGCUGUUGGAGCUAGCUUCAAGGGCACGGACUUCACGAAUGCUGUUCUAGAUCGGGUUAAUUUCGGGAAAGCCAACCUCCAAGGAGCUUCAUUUAAGAACACAGUACUGUCGGGUUCCACCUUUGAUGAAGCGCAGCUGGAAGAUGUAGUUUUUGAGGACACCAUUAUAGGCUACAUAGAUCUUCAGAAGCUUUGUAGAAAUGAGACUAUCAGUGACGAAGGAAGAGCUGAACUGGGAUGUCGAUAACUUCUGCAUGUAUGUCCUCUUUCUCAUUGUCCCACCUUGUGAGCAAUAUUAUCUGAUGUAGGCUGUUAUUUUGCAACAACCAUUUUCUCAAAGUGAUACAGCAAAAGAGUAGAACAUGUAUGUGAAGGCAAUUUGUGAUCUUCACUGUUUUGUAUUGUACUUAAAAACUUAUGUUUACUUUACCCACUUCAAAGCAUUAGUUCUCUACUA